AAAGUUGCGCAACAAAAUUCGUAUAUGAAUAACCGAGAAUCGUCGAGAGUAGAAUUGGUGAUGUGGCAACAUCGCGAAGGCGGGGGAAAUGGAAGACGGUAGAACAGUCUGGUAAAAAUGUGGGCUGUCCAGUUCUGGUGUUGAAGUCGGCCGAAGGAGGCGGCGCAUAGAAACAGUAAUCAUCCUUAAGUAUUGAACAUAUAUAACAGACAUUCAUUGAAUACUGAGCUAGUCUCUACCCAGAAAACGAAAUGUUUCAUCGCGAUCCCAGUGCUGAAGAAGAUUUAACUUCAGAACAAACAUUCGCUUGGCCUCCUUCCGGAUUCCGCGAUCGUCGCUCCCACUUUGGCCGACCAACUGAUCCAACGGCAACAGCCUCCGCUUCAGCUUCGUCAACGUCCUCACCAUUUGGACAACACCACAACACUGCCCAGCGGAAAUCUAGUGAUCAAGUAAUCCAAUCGUUACGAGACGAACUCGACAAACAUCGACAAAUGUUUUUCGAUCGUUUGGCACCACAGUGGGAAUCGUCCGCUCAGCGGACGGGAUUCCCUUUUACGGAUACUGCCCGAAGGGCGUUCUCUGGCAUUGAUAGGACGGUGCCUCCACCAUACCAUGCCAACUACGCCUUCCAUCAAGAUGAUAUUCCAGCAUGGAUGACUGAGGAUGACGCGGAUCUAGCAUCAUCUUUUGGACGUGCCAGCGCCGGAAGUCGACAGCGUUGGCCCUCUGGUGGCAGUGGUCGUAGCGCCGGAAGCAAUUCGAGCGCCGGCAGCGGCGGCCCAACAUCUGAAAAUACAAGGCCGACAACAACUGCACCAUCUGAUUUGGAUUCAGCCCAACACAGUAAAAUGGGUAGGAGUGAUUCGCCCAGCACAAGAACCCGUAUGCCCAAACCGGCGGCCAGAAGCGCUACGGGUGACUUCCCCCCUGUCAGUCCAGCAGCUUCGCCCAAAAGUGGAUUUUGUAGGGCCAGUUCUGCUCCUCCAGUAGCCCCACAUGCCGACAGCGAGAAUAAUGCUUCGGUGGGCAGUCCAAGACGCUUGUUCACCACGACCGUGCCGCAAGCUGCCAACAAUCCUGCCAGCAAUCAACGUGAAAAUAUUCAAAUGACCGAUUCGCCAGGUCUUGGUCGACGUAGCAUUCAUCAUCAUCACAACUCCAGCGGCGGAAGCGGUAACAAUGUCCGUCACAUUCCGAUCAUGGUAGAAGGGCGAGACGAGCCGCUUCUGCCUUCCGUGGCGGAGGAGGGUGGCCAAUUUACAGAUGCGGAAAAGAGGAGCAAAACAGCCAUCCCGAUGCCGUUCUAUCCGACUGCUGAAAAGACUGUUCCAGUUACGCAGAUACCGAUUUCUGUGAGUAAUCCCAUGGCUGAAAAACCGAGCAAGACGGAAAAGCUGGUCAAAGUCGAACAGAAGGAGGAGGUACGGGAUGGUUCGGUUCCUAUCCCGCUACCAUACGAUCGACUAUCGGAUGAUUCGGGCAAAUCGGCAGGUUCUUCGACUUCGGUUGGCAUCCAAACUGCUAACGAUUUGGAGCUAAUUGACCGAAUCCAGCGCGAAACAGAGAGUCUUCUGCCACGUAUCGAAGAAUUCCGAGGCGAUCGUCACGACCGGGGUUUUCUUUUCCUGGAUGAAAUGCUGACAAGAUUAUUACUCAAAUUAGAUAAUGUGCAGGUGGAGGGUCGAGAUGAUGUCAGGUCUGCACGUAGACAAGCCAUUGCUUCCAUUACUCGUUGCAUCAAUCUACUGGAAUCGAAACUUCUCAACGGUAUAGAAAGAUCUAACGAAGGAGAAGUUGCUACCGCGGAUAACGCUCCACCGCAGCCAGACGAGCCCAUGGAAGAAAAUUGUACUGAUGCCAAGGUUGAGGAGCAGCAGACUGAUAUUGAGAUGGCCGAUGCUAAUCCAGUGCCACCAUCACCGACGAGACAUGUAACGCAACUGAUGAUCAAUAUCAGCCAACCGACAUGCGCCGAUGCUGAGAAAACCAACGAUGCCCCAGCAGACCCAGUGCAAUGAAUAUUUAAUAGGUCCGCAGAUGAAGAUAUAAUAUAACGUGUUGGAUGUUUAACAAAAUGGAUGGAAUACUAAGGAAAACAAAAAAGAAAAAAAGGAAAAAGAAAAGAACAAUAAACGCUAUUAUACAAACACGGACCCUAAAACCAAUCUAAGAACCAUCCGGCCAAUGAAUGAGCACAAUUGUGAUAUAUAAGUCCAAUGAAAUUUUCCUAUCACUCCAACAUCGCAGGGUGCAUUAUCAAAAUGGCCAACAGCAAAUGGAUCGUUGUUUCCUUUUUGUUUCUACUUGUAACCGGAAUUUCGCACAAAAUGGAAUGUUUGUAAUUUUACACCCAACGAGCUGACAAAAGAGGUAAUAUAGAAGCGCUAUGUACAACUUC